AUGGGUUCGGGUUCAAGGUUCGUCACAAGUGCCUUAUCGCCCGCUCCCCAUCCCCAAAGACUCCAACGACUCCCAAGCGACCAAAACUCUCAAAGAGUCUCCGAGCUGGCGGUAGACCCUCGUCCCGUUCGAAUCUCUCCCAAUGAACGACAGCGCUUACCGACCCGCUCGCUCUUCAAGGAACCGCUGUUCAAACGCCCUUGUCUUGUCUUGCCCCUUUUGCUAUCUGUACUCCGAGUUUGCUCUUUUGCCCUUUGCCUCUUGCUACUGAGUACGGCUACUUGGUACUUGCGACUCUUCGCGCUUUGCCUCUCUGGUCAUCAUCUCAUCCCACGCUCUUGGUUCUUCCUCCUUCUCUUCCCAGAUACACCAACUGGCCACCACAGUCUGACCCCUGACUGUGAUCUUCGUACUUCUUUGCCGGGUGGCCCCUGUCAAGGCGCAGCCGCGUGCGAUGUGCUGGCUCGACGAGAAGGCAGCUCCUGA